ACUUAAGAAAUACUAUUCCUAAAAUAUUUUAUUUGGGAGCUCAAUUUCUGGCUUACUACUUACAAAAAAGGCAAAUUAAGAAGCGUAAUCUUCAUACUUUCAACUUUGUGGAUCCCCAGUGUCCGGUCCCAAAUUCCCACUCUUGUCUGGAUCCACUAAGCACUCACUGGGGACUAAAGGUGGACUGGUUCAGUUGACCCAGGGAAUAACAAGAGUCCGGAAUUUCCUCUCAGAAUAGCUUUUUGUCUGCAAAUCCUCUUAGGCACAAGUGUCUAAUUUUUUCCUCACAACUUCCGUUAGAGGAGGAAGUCUGAAGUUAUCCUGUGAGGUUGGGAGGAGAAAUAUACCAUAAUCAGUCUGGAGAUGCCGCACUAAGGGAAGUUUUCCUUAUCUAGAAGAGGAACUUCAGGUCUCAACCCCGCCAGUCACACCCGAUUCAUUUCCUUUACAAAAAUAAACAUCAAGUGUCCCCAUUUACCGAUCUCACACGCUAAAAUUUACCUUUCAAUUUUCUUCAGCAAGUCCAAAAGGGAUAUACAAUGAUUAAGGCGAUAGAGAUUUGCUUCCCAUAUACCACCGUUGCUUAUUUUCCGAAAAUGACUGGCUUCUCUUUUCCCGUACCCCGCCCUGCCCAAAGAUCUCUGUACAGAAAAAAAAAAAAGAGGAAGUACUUGCUGGUUUACACAAGACGUUUUUCUCUUCGAGUUCAUUAUCAUUCUAUUCAGCUUUACUCAAUUCGACUCAGAUUUAUUAAAUUUCCUAAUUUCCCUGGUGUCUACAUUUUGAUAAAGGAGUCACACAUUCAGACAUUUAAAAAAUAAUACAUGCCCAUGGGACAAAGUUCAAAAGAUGUUUAAAAAAAAACCCAAACACUCCUCAGGCCCGCCCUUCAGCCACCCAAGUCUCUUCUCCCCCAAACUGGUCACAGCCGUUGUUGCCAAUUCAUUAUUUGGGAGUAUUGUGUUCAUGUAACCGUGUGUGCAUGAAUUUUUUCCCCAUUUUUCUUUCUUUUAUUCAAAGUAACUGGUACUCCAUUUUACAAUUCAGUUUCCUAUGUAAAUCGAAGGAGGGGUGACAUUUUUGAGGUAUCACGUCCCUGGUGUUUCUUAAAAAAAACAAAAAAAAAGCCCAAUUGGGGCUGCUUCAAACACGAUUAAAAUUCCCCGAGAGACGAGAGCCGCACAACAGAUGGUGGCGUCGGGGUGUCUCCGAGCAGAACAGAACACGAAAAAGGAAGGAGACACGGGCUUUCAGCUGGAAUUCGCCCUCCUUUGCCCAAGCAGCGCCUACGGGCACUCGACGAGUGCCACAGGCAGGGGCCCCCAAGCGACCGGCUCCCGCCGCGGCCGUAGGGACCCAUUGCCGGGCUCGGGGGAGGAGCAGCUCGAGGCUGCGCGGGCCCGGGCGCCGUCACGUGACGCGGCACGGGGCAGGGCGCAGGCGCGAAACGUGAGCGGUCCGCGCGGAUGUGUUUUUUCUCAGGAGUUUGGGUUUUGUCUAAUCUUCCAGCCUUACUUGGACUCGCGCCCUGUCCAGAUCGAGGGAUUCUCUUCCUCCUUUACCCCUUAUUUGGGCCACAUCUGGCGGGAGGCUUCCAGGAAGUCGGCGGAUCAUCCGUAUAGGUAUGAAGGAGUCAGACCAGUUCAAGGAUUUGGGCAUUUAAGUGAAGCUCAAGUUUUUAAAAGAAAGUUGAGGGAACUGAGAGCCGGGUAUGUUAGGAGACUUGCCUGGAGUCGCCCAUGUGGCAGUAGUAGAGUCACGCAGUCAGCCCAGCCCCAGAGCCUAGGUGCCCUGAGCACACCACCCGUCUGCCACGUCCUCACUGUACAUCUGCACUUCCUCAUCCUCUGCAACACUCAGCGUGGUGCCAAGCACAUGACGGGUUCUCACUAG